AUGAGCGAUGACUCUUCGACAUCCUUGGAUGACCUGAACCUAGAUGAUUCUUCGGAAUCGGACCUGGAUGACCCGAACCAGCCAGUAGCAACGGAACAAGCCCUGCCUCUGGCUCUUCGGCCUCUGCCUCUGCCGCUGCCUCUGCAGGCUGAGUCGCUGGAGGCUCUGGAGGCCCGCGUCAUGCAAUACGCGAUCGAGUGCAUGACUGAGAUGGCAGUGAUCGAGCCUGGGUUGAUGCGUGUGGUCAGCGCACGCACGGGGGUCCGGGUCUUGGCCAGAGUGGCUUGCUGCAAGCGCCGACAGCGGCAAAGCCACGGCCGGAGUUUUGUGGCGGCUGAGAUCGGCCAGUUCUGGUCACACAGUUGGCAUGGCUCACCAUGGAACAAGCUCUUUUUGCUUUUGGCAAUGCAAAAAGGAUUGAAUGCCAUCCUUUGUGGGACUCUUGCCGGCCUUGUUGCAAUGGCACUCUUUGUGGCUGGCAUCCUUCCAGGUGUUCCCUGGCCAUCUCUGCUGGGUGAAGAUCGUAGCGUGCUGCUCUCGUUUUGGUCCACUGCUGCAGGAUUGCUGGCUGCUCUUCCAACACUGGCCUUCAGCAAAGGAAAUGGCUCCGUCUUCUUGGACUGCAUCUGCGUCGAUCAGCAAGGUAAGGCCAAGAAAGCUGAAUGCAUCAUGAGUCUGGGCGGCUUUCUCAAAAAAUCCAAAACCCUGAUUUCAAUGUGGGACACGACAUAUUGCCAGAGACUCUGGUGCCUGUUCGAGCUGGCAGCCUUCCUGAAAAGUCACGGGGACAGUGCAGAGGCACUGGUGGUGAGACCUACAGUGCUAGGGGCGUGCACAUGCGCCCUGGCUUGCGGCAUGUCUGCAACCAUGGUGAUCACAUUCUUCAUCCGAUGGAAUGAUCUCGUCUUGGCGGCUUUGGUCUUCAUGGGUUGGGGCUUCCUAGGUUUCACGGCUGCGGUAGCUGCUCUGCGACAUUACUACGAAUCUAUACGGGAGAUGCAGGAGCAGAUGCGAAACUUCCAGAUCGACCAGGCAAAGUGUUGGUGUUGCGAGAAGGGGCACCAAGGGCCAAAUGGGAGCGUUCUCAGUUGCGACCGGAAAAUCCUGACCGACUGCUUUCGGCUCUGGUUUGGGAGCAUCGAGGACUUCGAGAUACGCGUGCGGUCGUCAAUAUCCGGCGCGUUGGCAUCACAGCUUGGAAGACAGGCAUUUCCUUACCAUUGGCUCUUGGGCUGUACAUCGCCAAUGUUGUGGUGUGAGAUGGACCUGUUUGCUUCGAGGUAUUAUGAAGACUCCUUGCGACAUCUCCCAAAUUUAUUUGGGUGGUGGCUGGGUGGGUUUCCACUACUUGUAUAUUGGGUCAUGUUUCUAUCCGAAAGAUGCUGUCAGCCGGCCAAAUCGAGAUGGCUAAACGCACUGCAGACGAUCUCCAUUGCUCUCCUUGUUUGCCCAGCUUAUCUUGCCCUCUUCGCCUACCAAUUAUUGCUGUCAUGGAUGUGGCCAGGGCGCAUUCCGGGAGCUGUCCUCUUUGCAGCCACGACAUUUCUGGUGGCUCAGAUACUCUGGCAUCCAUGGUAUUUCAAGCGACUGCUUUGGACGAUGUUCCAGCAACCCUAA